AUGGACUUCACGACUAUCCUAAAUCGGAAGAACUCUGCCGCUGCAGCCGCCGCCGCCGCAGAAGCCCAAUUACACCAACAAUACCUUCAGGGUGCGCAUAUGAACCAACAUACACCCUCGAUGAAGGCCGAGCCUGGCGCUUCGGACAACCCCGUUAACGCGUACCCUCCUCACGCCGUCCCAAUGGAUCAGGGGCUUGCAGAAACCUUUUACUAUGCUCAGGCACCUGGUGCCACGCCGCGGAAUAUGGGCUAUGUCCCUGGUGGAUAUGCCGGAGAGCCGCAGGUUCAACAAGCACCGAUUCCCUUAGAAAGAACCGGCGCCGAGGCUCCACCAAAGACUUUCCAUUGCUCUACAUGUAACAAGGGAUUCGCUCGACGCAGUGAUCUCGCGCGACACGAGCGAAUUCACACCGGAGUUAGGCCGCAUGCCUGCGAUUGGCCUGGAUGUGGGAAGCAGUUCAUUCAACGCUCAGCAUUGACGGUACACUCCCGAGUCCACACCGGAGAAAAGCCUCAUAUGUGCGAGCGAUGUGGCAAGCCAUUCAGUGAUUCGUCCUCACUUGCCAGACAUCGCCGUAUCCACUCCGGCAAACGACCCUACAAAUGCCCAUACGCGAACUGUCAGAAGACAUUCACUCGACGUACAACAUUGACCCGACACCAAAAUCACCACACUGGGACGAUCGAGGAAGCUGCUGCCGAGACUGAAGCCAACCUGCGUCAGAACAAGGAACGCCGUGGGCCUGGCGAGGGAAUGUUCCCGGAUCAUACCUCCAUGGGCUCUACCCCGUCUCCUGGUCAGCACCCAUCCAUGUCGCCAGGGGGUGAUCUUCCGCCUUUGAAUAUGCACCGCUCUGCGGGUGACUAUUACAUGGGUAGCGGUCCCAUUCCGGCUCAUGUGCGAGGAGACUUUUCGCAAGGGAGCCCUCGUGCUUCUCCGACAGCGACGUCCCCGUCACUUUCGAGUUAUGGCAGCGCACCUCACGGACGGCCUCCUAUGACUUCGCAUCCCUACGCUCCUCCGCAGCCGCUGGAGCCCCCGGCCAACAAUGACCAUCGGCCGAAUAGUGUGAAUGGCAGCCCCCAUAUGACCAGCCUGGGAUGGGCCUCGCCGUCUCAUGGCAGCAUGCCUUCACCUGGUUCAACCAACGACUUUGGUUACCCCGAACCCAGUGCGCCGGCAUACCCAACCUCCAUGCCCCCGCAUAUGUACUUCCCUAACUCGACCAUUCGCCGGCCCAAUAGUACCGAACCGGAUAACUAUGAAACCAAGCCUCGGUUAGGCGACCAUACCUGGUCUACACCAGUAUGA